AAUUAUAGCAAAUGGUACCGUAUAUUGAAUUACUGGUCGGACCGUAAUAUCUCGGGUCCGAAACCCAUACCAUAUUUCGGCAAUAAUUUAGCGCAUGUCUUAAAGUUCAAGGCAUUCGUUGAAAUGGAGUGGUAUAAGACAUACGGACCAGUGUUUGGUAUAUAUGAGUGCGAAAGGCCUGUGCUAUCGGUGGCGGACCCGGUGCUCAUCAAACAGAUUCUGGUGAAAGAGUUUCACAAAUUCCGUAACCGCGCGGAAUCGGCCGAACGGACGGCCGCUUUGGGAAUAAACUUAUUUAUGGCCAGAGAUGGCGAUUGGAAACGGAUCCGAGCCAUAGCCAGUCCCGCAUUCACUUCGGGUAAACUCAAACACAUGUAUCCACUCAUCAACGAGUGUUGCCGUGACUUCUUGGCCGCUCUCGACAGGGAUGUGUCCACCGGUCGACGGGAAGUGGAGUUAAAGCAAUUGAUGAUCGCUUAUACACGUGAUGUGAUCGCCACCUGUGCCUAUAGCAUAAAAAUCGACGCCUAUUGCGGUCCAAACAAUCCGUUCGUCAGUAAAGAGUAUCCAUUCUCACCGCCGAAUCCGUUGAUUACGUUAUUGUCAAAAAUGGUGCCCAAAUGGGUGGCCAAUAACCGGUUGGUCAAAGCGCUCGUAACCGGCGAUCAAUCGGAUCACAUAUUUUUCACUCGAGUCGCCAAAGGAUUGAUGUCUGAGCGCAAGAAAUCGGGCAAAAAAUACAACGAUUUCUUACAGUUGUUGGUAGACGUGGAGAGAGAGGACAACAACACCGGGACUAUGGGUGCGGACUCUGUGGCCAGCGAUGCACUGGAAGGACAUCACGUGAACGAAGGCGUCGACGAACUGAUGGCAGAGAAACAGGCGUUGAGUGGAGUCGUGGAGAAGACGUUAACCGAAGAGGAAAUCCUCUCCCAAUGCGCUGUAUUUUUUGUGGCCGGUUCUGAGACAACGGCCACAACUCUGUCGUAUUGUAUCUAUGAGUUGGCACUCAAUCCCGAUAUUCAGGACCUGUUGGUGGCGGAGACCAAAGAGGCGUUCAAUGAAAACACGGCAGACAUAGACUACGAAACCCUUUGCCGACUCCCACUCCUCGACGCC